ACAUUAGGUCCGGGUUUUACCUCAGCUUUCUUUAUUCCUCCCGUUUCUUUCCCUCUUUAAUGCGCCCCGCCAGCCGCAUGUGUCUAUUUAUUUAUUUAUGCUUUCUGUCUGACAGUAUUUAGUUGUUUUAAGUUUUAGUCGUUCCUCCAAUGAGAAGGCGUAAAAGAUGGAGCUUCACAUUUUAGAGCACAGCUUGAAAGUGGCGAGUAUAGAGAAGGAGGGGAUCGAGGUUUGCACCCACGGAUUAAUUAAACUCGCCUUCCUGGCCUCCAAAACCAGAUGCAAGUUCUUCAGUUUGACAGAGACUCCAGAGGACUACACAAUCAUCGUGGACGAGGAAGGGUUUAAAGAGCUGCCGCAGUCAAAUCUCAUCAGUGUCGCUGAUGCCACAUGGCUGGCCCUCAACGUGGUGUCAGGCGGCGGUAGCGCUUCCAGCUCACAACCCAUCGGAGUCACCAAAAUCGCUAAAUCAGUCAUCGCUCCACUAGCCGACCACAACAUCUCUGUUUUCAUGCUGUCAACGUAUCAGACUGACUUCAUCCUGGUCCGAGAGCGAGACCUGCCACUGGUCAUGCACACUCUGUCUUCCGAGUUCACGCUGUUCCGGGUGGUCAACGGAGAAACGGUCGCCGCACACAAUCUGGGAGUUACCAACGGAUUCGUCAAACCAAAACUUGUGCCCCGCCCCAUCAUCCACCCUCUGUCCAGCCCCAGCAACAUGUUCUGUGUGACCAGCCUGGAUCCAGACACGCUGCCCUCUGUAGCCACGCUGCUCAUGGACGUCAUGUUCUACUCCGGAGGGUCUAAAGAGGUCGCAGCGUCCGGCGAGGACUCCAGUCACAUCCGCUUCUUCUCCUUCUCCCUGAUUGAGGGCUACAUCUCGCUGGUGAUGGACGAACAGACGGCUAAGAGGUUAGCAUAAACCAAACAUAUUAUAAUGCUUCU